UUCAGGUCGGGAAGUAUUUUUCUUCAAUAUGUCACAAUUUUAUGCAAGAAUACAUGCGGCUUUAUAAAAUAAUGAAAUAUACGUAUAAUUCAUUCUUCAUUUAAAAAGUAUUGUUUUUGCAGCUUUAUAUAUUAAAAAUUCGUUAUAAGCAACAAUAAUGAAGUGUCAUUAUGAAGUUUUAAGUGUAUCCAGAGAUGCCGACGACAGUGAAAUUAAAACAGCCUACAGAAAGUUGGCUCUAAAAUGGCAUCCCGACAAAAAUUUGGAUAAUGCAGAUUUAGCUAAAGAACAGUUUCAGAUAGUUCAACAAGCCUAUGAUGUAUUGAGUGACAGACAAGAAAGAGCCUGGUAUGACAAUCACCGUGAGCAGAUACUUAGGGGUUCAAGCUCUGAUUUUCAAGACAACUCCUUGGAUGUGUUUCAGUAUUUUACAACUACUUGCUUUAAUGGAUAUGGAGAUGACGAAAAUGGUUUUUACACGAUAUAUAGAAAUGUUUUUGAGAAGAUAUCAAAAGAAGAAAUGGAUUUUAUGGAAGACAAAGAAGAGUUUUGUAGUGUCCCAAGUUUUGGAAAUUCUACAAGUGACUUUGAGGUAGUUUCAGAAUUUUAUGCUUAUUGGCUUAAUUAUGCAACAAAAAAAUCUUUUGUUUGGCUAGAUCCUUAUGAUAUCAAAGAUAUUAGAGACAGAAGGUAUCUUAAAAUGGUAGAAAAGGAAAACAAAAAAAUAAGACAAAAAGCAAAAAAAGAAAGAAGUGAGGAAGUUAGAAAUUUAGCAGCUUUUGUGAAAAAAAGAGACAAGAGAGUACAAGCUCAAAAGAAGUUACAAGAACAAAAGCUACUAGAAGAUAAGAAAAAACGAGAAUCGUUAAGUAAACAGAAGAGAUUAGAAAGGCGAGAAGAGUUGGAAAAAGCCAAAGUUUCUAGUCAAGCUGAAUGGACUAAAUUUGAUAAUGUUAAAACGGAAUUGGAACAAAUUGAAAGAAACUUAGCAGAACAAUUUGGUGAUGUUUGUGAUUCUGAUGAAGAAGAUGAAUUAGAUUUGUAUUGUGUAGCGUGUUCAAAGUUGUUUAAAACUCCAAAGGCUUUUGAAAACCAUGAAAGUAGUAAAAAGCAUAAAGAAAAUGUUGAAAUUCUAAAGGAGACAAUGCUAGAAGAGGAAGAAAUAUUAGAAAGUGGUGAAGAAAUAUCAGAUAAUGAAAACCAAGAAGAUGAAAAUAAUUUAAAAGAUAAUCAAUGUAUGCCAACAAAUGAGGAAUUAGAUGAUGUACACAUAGAAUCUGAUGAAACUAAGUCAGAUUCAGAGUCUAUAGAGGAAAGUAACAAAAAUAAAAAGAAGAAGAAAAAGAGCAAUGUUAUAAACCAUCAUGAAGAAGAAUGUUCCAAUGGUUUAAAUUUUGAAGUAUCUUCUGAUGAUUUUGACUUUGAUUCAUCAACAAAAAAACAGAAAAAGAAGACCAAAAAGAACACAAAAAAUAAAACAAAUGAGGCUGUUAAGAUUGAAAGUGAAGAAUUACAAGAAAACCAUAGAGAAGAAAAGCCUGUGCCAAAAAGUAAAAAAGAAAGAAAAACUGCAAAAGAUAUGAUUAAAAAGGAAAUACCAGAUUUGGAUAUAAACCAUAGUUGUGUGACUUGUAAAUCAGCUUUUCCAUCAAAGAACAAAUUAUUUGACCAUCUGAAGAAGACAGGACAUGGUAUUUAUAUUCCUCCAAAUGUGAAAAAUAAAAAAGCCAGCAUCAAAACCAAAUAAUAUGUUUGAUUUGUGAAGUAAUUAAAUAAAUUUAUUUAUUGUU